AUGUCGUCUAAAAUUUUACUCUAUUAUUAUUAUUUUUCGUUAAUUACGACGAAAAUAGUUAUGGGAAUAUCUAGUCCGAUCGAACCAUUAAGCGUACAUGAUCAUACAAUAGAACUUGAAAAGAAUUGCGUCCAGCUUUGGUGGACAGUCAACGAAGAAGAACAUCAAAUUCUUUUUGAAUUACAUGUAAAAACAACUGGAUGGAUUGCCCUAGGAAUUAGUCCAGCUGGAGGUAUGAAAGAUGCUGAUAUAGCCGUUAGUUGGGUCACAUCGUCUGGAAAAUCGUUCAUUGAAGAUAGAUUUGUAUUUGGUAAAACCAAACCUAUGAUUGAUAAUACAACACAGGAUUGGUUUCUCCUUGGUGCACAAGAAAAGAACGGAUGGACUGCCACACAAUUCAAACGGGCGUUCGAUUCAUGCGAUCCAAUGGAUGUUCCAAUAAAAUCUGGCACAAAUAUUUUGAUAUUUGCAUACGGUCUUGUUGAUCCUGAUAUUGAUAUAACCUAUCAUGAAGAACGACGCGUCAAUAAGAAAGAAAUGACAUUGGGUGUCCAAAGAACUGUUGAUGAAAUGUGUUCACAUACAUUCUCGUAUUAUCCAUUUGUUGAUAGUCUAUCAGCAUGUAUGUCAAGAAUUAAUGUCAAGUCAUGGCAAAUGAAAAUGAAUACAUCAUUAAAUAUAACGAAUAAUGACUUAGAGCAAUGGAUGAUGAACCUUACAUGGACAUCUCAAUUAGCUGCUGAGUGGCAACAAUUCUAUGAUACAGCUCAACGUGAUGUCACCAUCUAUCGAGGAAAUGGGAUUGAAUCGAAGAUUUUACCAACUCUUCCAAAAUAUAAAGAUUUAAACAUUGAAUUAUGCUCGAAAAAACUAAUGAACAAUAAUUCAUUGGGAAAUCAAUCAAAUGCCUCAAUUAUUUUCGAAAACAAAUUUUUGUUAUUAGUUUUCGUUACUUUUGUGGUUCUCUCGACUGGGAAGUGGAUCGCAUAA